AUGGGGGCGACAGGUUUCCUUCAUCAUAUUGGCACAUUUCUGCUCUUCGCAUCUGCUAUCCUUCUCCUCAUUACAACUAUCUCCGCACCUGUUAUCAAUGAUAUCGGAAUCAUGAAAGUUAAAUUGACAAAUGGAACGGCAUCACACCAUUCCGUUGUCUCAUUUGGUACAUUCGGAUAUUGUGUCUUGGAUGUCGAUUCAGACGGUAAUGACUACUGCACCAAAAAACAUAUCGGCUACAACCCCGCUUCCACAAUGUCCCAAAUCGAAUCCACCCACUUCAGCCACGCCUCCGAAGAUACAUCCAAAGCCCUAACCCGGGUCAUGAUCCUCCACCCCAUCGCCUGCGGCAUAAUGUUCAUUGCAUUUCUCCUCGCUCUCGGCGCCGGAUUCAUCGGAUCAUUCCUCGCUGCGCUCGUCUCUAGCAUCGCAUUUAUCAUCUCAGUCGUAGCCAUGGCAUGCGAUUUCGUGCUCUUUGGAAUCGUCAAAAAUCAUGUAAAUGGUGAUAAGAGCGGUAGUCAUGCGUAUUUUAGCGUGGGCAUUUGGUGUAUUUUGGCGGCGAUGAUUGCGGGGUUUUUGGGUGCGAUAGUAGUGUUUAUUACGUGUUUGAGUAAGAGGAUGCACAAGAAGAGGAGUAGAGGGGUGGAGGAGAAGGGUUAUGUGGGGGGUGUGAAACCUGCUAGGAGACAUUUUUGGCAGAGGAGGGGUUGA